UCCGGUGACCUGUGGCGCUGCCGUUUGGAAGUCGCGAAGCGCCUUCGAGCGAAUUACAGAUUCAUACUCACGCGGAACGCGCUCCCUUCCCCGCACCCUAUAUAAGGGUUGAAUCUAUCUUUUCUCCAUAGCCGACGUCGUGGAAGGAAAAUCCAACGAGCGGGCGAAAUCGCCACUAUUUUGUCGAAGAAAUCCAGUCGAAAAGGCGCUGAUUGCUGGACUUUCGGGACAAUUGUAUUUGUAAGGUAAAGAAAGAAGAAUAGAGAAGCUUUUUUCAACUUGUAGAGAAAAGGGGCUUUAGGGUUGGGCCUUUGAGGGGGAAGGAGAAGGUGAAUUGGGGGAAUCAAUUGUCAACGUCAACCAUCGUUACAUAUCCCGCUGCUUGUCUUUUCCAUGUCGAUCACUGGGAUUCAAGGUCACCUCCUAGAAGUCACAGUUGUUGGUUGUCAAAAAUUGAGGGACACCGAAUGGAUUUCGAGGCAAGAUCCCUACGUUUGCCUCCAAUACGGUAGCACCAAUUUCCGUACCCGAACACAUACAGACGGAGGGAGAAACCCUACUUUUCAAGAGAAAUUCACGUUCCCGUUGAUUGAGGGACUGCGGGAACUCAAUAUUAAUGUUUGGAAUAGCAAUUCCAUCACUUACGACGACUUCAUUGGCAGCGGAAAGGUUCACUUGCAGAAGGUGCUAUCUGAGGGUUACGACGACAGCUCUUGGUCACUACAGACUAAAACUGGCAGGCAUGCAGGAGAAGUCAGGCUCAUAUUGCAUUAUGCUAACGUCAAUAAGCUCUCGACGAACCAUUCUGCAUCAGCUCAGGCAUAUUUAAUGCCAUCUUCCCACCAACAACAAGUGCCUUCAUACUCCGCACCAUUUCCGGCAUCUACAGCUAAUCUGCCAACAGCGCCCACCUACACAUCAGCACCACCACACGCUUCAUACCCGCCUAAUUCAGCAUCUUAUCCACCGGCGCCUUACCCUCAGCCUCACCCUUAUCCUCACCCUCAGCCGUCAGCUUAUCCUCCACCGUACCCAUCACCGUCGGCAUAUCCCCCACCGCCAUAUCAUCCACCACCUCAGCCAUCACAAUAUUAUCCUCCAGGCCCGUACCCUGGUUAUCCUCCGCCACCGUACUGAGACAAAAAGCUUUUAUGUAUGGAAAAGAGGAAUCGGGAAUUGGAUUCUUGAUUUGUUUUCAGCUGUAGGUUUAUUGAUCGUUGGCGGCUCUCUCCAGCAGGAAGGUUGUAAAGCUUCUGGUGACUGUUUUUGUACUGGUUGUUAGUGAAGAUUGCGGGGGGAUGUUGUAGCAUGGGUAGAUUUCUGGUCUGUUGGUGGUUUUAUUUGCCCUGUUGGCAAGGUGACAUUUUUGUUAAUGGGGCAUCUUGCUAGUAGCCUGUUUGAUAUGUUGUUGUAGUAGGGGAUGUGCAUGCUUUUUUAUUCGAAAAUAAUGCGAUGAUGGCUGUAUUUUGUGUAAGGGCCAAAUUUGAUAAUAACGGUAAAGUUAUUUUUUUA